AAGGCGGAAAAGCCGCUGAGGAGCGGUUCCCGCCGCCGCGGCUGCCCUCUGGGGGAGACUCGGCCGCGGGCGGGGGUCGGUCGCUGCCUUCCGGGGUUGAAAUCGGUUUGGGGAGCGGCGUUAGGCUUGGGGCUGUGUGGGAGCGGCAGGCCAGCGGCCCUCUGCCCGUGCUCUGUGCAGCGCUGCUGGGGGCUGCGGUGGGUUUCGUGCGGGUUUCCUUCGUCGUGAGGAUGGAAGGUGAAUCCGUCUUUCCGGAGAAGCUGCGGUACUGUUACCAGCGUUUUCUUUCUCUCGUGCACCGUAUGUCCCUCUGUGGGAAAUGCCAUGACAUCUGCAAAAAUGGUGGGCUAGCUUGGUGUACCAGCUUUACAUUUAACCCGGGCUUGCGAGGAUGUCGUCCUGGGAAGAUUGUUCAGAUGACAGAAGCAGAAGUUCGGGGCUUGUGCAUAAAAUCACGAGAAAUAUUUCUUAGCCAGCCUAUUCUCCUGGAACUAGAGGCACCGCUGAAGAUCUGUGGUGAUAUUCAUGGUCAGUAUACAGAUUUGCUUCGACUAUUUGAAUAUGGAGGAUUCCCACCAGAAGCAAAUUAUCUUUUCCUUGGAGAUUAUGUAGACAGAGGCAAACAGUCUCUGGAAACAAUUUGCCUACUUCUGGCAUAUAAAAUCAAGUACCCAGAGAACUUCUUUCUCUUAAGAGGAAAUCACGAGUGUGCUAGCAUCAACCGGAUCUAUGGAUUCUAUGAUGAAUGUAAGCGGAGGUUUAACAUUAAGCUCUGGAAGACCUUCACAGACUGCUUUAAUUGUCUGCCUAUUGCAGCCAUUGUGGAUGAGAAGAUCUUCUGCUGUCAUGGAGGACUGUCUCCAGAUCUCCAGUCAAUGGAGCAGAUCCGGAGAAUUAUGAGACCUACAGAUGUUCCUGACACAGGCUUACUAUGUGACCUGCUGUGGUCUGACCCAGACAAAGAUGUGCAAGGUUGGGGUGAGAAUGAUCGCGGGGUCUCUUUCACUUUUGGUGCUGAUGUGGUCAGUAAAUUUCUGAAUCGUCACGAUUUGGAUUUGAUCUGUCGAGCUCACCAGGUGGUUGAAGAUGGAUAUGAAUUCUUUGCUAAACGGCAGUUGGUCACCUUAUUCUCAGCUCCAAAUUAUUGUGGAGAGUUUGACAAUGCAGGUGGCAUGAUGAGUGUGGACGAAACUCUGAUGUGUUCCUUUCAGAUAUUGAAGCCAUCUGAAAAGAAAGCCAAGUACCAGUAUGGUGGACUGAAUUCUGGGCGUCCAGUCACUCCACCUCGCACAGCUAAUCCACCGAAGAAGAGGUGAAGAAAGGAAUAAUGUAGAAAAACCAUCAGAUCUGUCAAGGACAAAACUCCAUAUUACAGUAUAUAAUAAGUGUGCACUGUAAAACCAUCCAGCCAUUUGACACCCUUUAUGAUGUCACACGUUUAACUUAAAGAGACGGGUAAAGGAUCUUUAUUAAUUUUUCUAGUAGAAAGAUGUGCGACACUGUAUUGUAACAAGUAUAGCUCCAACUUCUAAUAUCCAGCAUAGAGUAAAAAAUAAAAUUAAAAAUUAAAAAACCUAUUGCAACUGCAUAUUCACACUUACCACAGUUUUUAAAGUUGACCAACAUCCCAGUUAAAACUUGAUGUGAUAGUUAAACCAGAUGAGAGCAUGAUGUUCCAUUUGUGUAAUGUGGUCUUAUUGUUGCUUGAUUGCUUUUACUUUGGUUAUUUUGUAGCUAGAAUGAUGCGAAUAUGGUAUCUGGUCAUAUUCCCUGGCUCUCUUUGAAAUUGAAAUAUGGAAAGGAAUUAGAAGAUCUGUUGAUCUCUUAUCCUCCCUCUAUCCUCAUGUUAUUCAUAGUAGUGCCGCUCGAAUAUGUGCCCCAUUAUAAUGCAAGGUUGAGAGUAUGGUAGUGAUUAAAAGGCAAAUUAUUACCGACAUGCCCAGACUGGACAGCUUGACAGCCAACGUAAGUUGAGAUAGGAAAACCUGCCUUGACUUUUUAACUUAAACUGCCACACAAUUAAUUUGUACACUACGCUGUUUUAAAUUAUUGACAUUACACUGUGCUAUGGCACAUCAUUUAACUUAGGACAAAAAUGGUAUUGCCUAUUAGUUGGUAACUUGAUUAUGUGGUACCUUGGCUUUAGUUUUAUUAGCAUGAAACACCUUUGGCAUGCUUAGCUUCCAGGUAACUGGUAACUCCCUACCUGUAUCAGAAUUCAUUUUACGUAGUUCCACAGAACAUGAAGAUCCUUAUUUGCUAAGCCUUUGAAAGCUGACAUUCUUUUUCAUAAGAGGGUGUAUUUAAAUGGAUGUUCACCAAUGGACAAUAGGCCAGCUUACUAGUAGUGAGCUAAAACUGCUAAAUGAAUGUCCAACAUGAUUGUAAGGCUUAUGUCACUCAAGAUUUUAUCCUUUGGAUUUUCAUGAUCAAAUUUCAUAUACUAUUGUAUAGACUUCUGCUUUGUAGUGUACUAUAGUAGCAAUAAUUUCUGUACAUGAUUGAGAGUUAUGCAGUAUUUCUUUUCAGUUCUCUCCUUUCUCAAAGGGGUAAACAUUGGUAAAUGGCAAGAUAUAGAAAAGAUACAAAGUAUAGAGAGAGAAACGAAAGGCACGGAUCUGUGAUGCUUUAGGAUGCAAUACUUAUUGGAUAUAAACACAAAAGCUUUUACUGAAUAUUGUUGAAUUUGUAAGAUUCUUUGGGGGAAGGCUUCAGAUUUAUACCAUUCUAAGUGUGCAUCAGUAGAUGUGAAAAUCUCGACUUCAGUAUUGUCUUUGAAAACGUUAAAUUGAGAAUUCUGGUAACUUGCAUUUUAUGAACUGGCACAUUAUAUAAUGCAAGAGUUAUAUUGCUUUCUGACACAGUGAGCAAGUUCUUCAAAAUGGAUUUAAGUCUUUUCUAAUUCCAUUUUUGUUUUAAAUGCAUAUUUUAAAUGUAGUUUUUUCAUUUAGUAAAAGUUGUCUAAUUCAUUUGAA